CUCUGAAACUGUUAAGACAGAAUAGUUAGAGAGGUUGAGAGCUUUUGUUCUACUUUUAACUCUGUCACUGCUGAAAAUAUGAGGAAUUAGUUUUGAUAACUCAAAUGAAAAUUAACCUCUUCUUAGAACUUAACUGGAUAGCGUGACAGAUAGUUUGAGACUAUCUUGACAUCUUUCACAUUGAAAGGGAAAAAAUACUUUUAAAUAUACAUUUAUCUUUACAAGCAGUAGGCUCCAUAAUAUACACAAUAUUUGCACACAAUUUGCAAAUCUUGUCAACACAUUAACAUUUCUGCACAAUGUUUCAAUACUCUACCCCCCUGCAGCUUUUCAGCACUAACCAGCAAUUCAAAUUCAUGUUGAGAGCGCAAACAUCUGAGUGUGGUUGACCAAUACAUUUCCUGUUGCUUUGACAAAAAAAAAGCAGAUGUCAGAGAGACAGGAAAGCUGUUGUCCUGAGGUGAGUGUAAAGGAACUUCACGCACACGCCCAUCUAGUCUGCAGUCUUAUUUCCUUUGCUGAUCGUCACUUCACAGCAGUUACAUAUGACUCAACUCAGCAGUACAGCCUCUUCAUGUGCAACUCAAUGGAAAAUGUGGCAUCUCAAGGUUUUCAGUGUCAUAUAUUUCAUUGCUGUUUGUGCAGCUCAGGAUGCCAGUAGUGUCACCAAAGCGUAUGGAAAGACCCCAGAGUCGACGGUGCUUCCAACUGGGCCUCCUCCCGUACCAUCUCUGCAGUCACAAUCACCAUUGGAUGUGUUCCCCUCUGAGAAAGUGGAGUUCAAUUGUAGUGUCAGCGGCAGCUCUAAGUGGACCUUCACCUGGAAAGUAAAUGGACAGCCAGUAGACGAUGCAGACCCAAAUUUGUCUUUAGAUGGGGAAGGAUCAAAGCUUACAAUCAAAGCAUCACAAGCACAUUCUGGAAGUUAUGUCUGUCAAGGUCAUGACACAACAAACAAAGUUACCACUGCAGAUAGCAACUCACUCAAACUCAAUGUUUAUGAAAACAAGCCCAAGCCCACUGUGGUCCUAACUCCGCAGAAAGACAAGUUGUUUCCAGGAGAGUCUGUCACCUUCAAAUGCACGGUCAACGUGUUCUCUGCAUGGGAAUAUCUGUGGUACCAUAAUGGAAGUGAAAUUCAAGGAUUUAAUAGUGAUACGUAUAAAAUUAAUUCUAUAGCUCAUCCUCACAGUGGACAGUACCGCUGCAAGGCUAAAAGAGGCAAAGAGCCAUUCUUCACAGAGGAGAGUGAAACAACAACUCUGCAGGUUUCUGAUCCACCGACACCGUCUCUGAAGGUGCGUACUCCCUGGUUGGAUGUGUUCUACACUGAGAAUGUAGAAAUGAGCUGUGAAGUUGAGAGCUCAUUCAUCUGGACAUUCAUCUGGUUCAGAGAUGGACAACAUGUCAAUGACGUCAAUGACCUGGAACUGGAGGAAGACGGAUCAUCUCUCAACAUCACUUCAGCCACUCAAACCCAUCAAGGAGUCUAUACCUGCAAAGCUCAGCUCGAAUCCGGGAGUGUCACCUCUGGAGACAGCAACCCAGCUCAGGUCAUAGUUUAUGACAACACACCCAAACCAACUUUGAGCAAGGAUCCUGGUCUAAACCCGAUGUAUGUUGGAGAAAACGUGAAAUUUACUUGCAAAGUUAAUGUGUCCACUGGCUGGGAGUAUCAGUGGUACAAAGAUGCAAAGAAGCUCACUGACACCAGUGAAACCAUCGACAUCCGUCUUGGUCCUUCUGAUGGGGGGAAGUACUCGUGCAAAGCCUCUAGAGGUGGUAUUAAGUCAGCCCACAGUGACCUGAUGACUCAAGAUGUUCUUGAAAUUCCUGUUCCAACUUUGGAGCUAAACACCCAGUGGUUGGAUGUGUUCCCCACUGAGAGUGUGAAGUUCAGCUGUAAGAUGCAGAACAACCUUGACUGGACACAUACAUGGUACAGAGACGGUCAGCCGAUCCAGACUGAUAAUAGAAAAGCUACUCUUUCCAUCAACUCUGCUUCAGAUUCAGAUGCAGGACAAUAUCAGUGCAAAGGACAUCUCAGCGGCAGGUCUGUCAACAGCAGCUAUAGUUCUGGAUUUAAUCUCAGAGUAUAUGUUAAGAAACCCAGCGUCAUUCUGACACAGGAUCCAGAGUACAAGGUGAUGUUCGCAGGAGAAUCAGUCUCUUUCAGCUGUCACAUUAAUGUCCCCUCUGAAUGGGAGUACCAGUGGUUAAAAGAUGGCACUGAACUCAACGAAACUUCAAACAAGUAUUCGAUUCGCUCUGUUGCAAAAGCAAAUAGCGGAUCAUAUACAUGCGGAGCAAAAAGAGGAAAGGAUAAAGAAUUCCACGUCGACUUCAGUCAGGCUAUAAAACUUGAAGUUCGAGAGAAUAAGCCGAAGCCCUCAGUGAUUCGACAGCCAAGUGGUGCUAAUGUGUACACCGGAGAGUCAGUGUCCUUCAAAUGUGAACUUGAAAUCCCAUCGGGUUGGCGGUAUUCCUGGUACAAAGAUGAAGAACACCUACCACACACUAACAGCAGUUUUGAGAUUCAUAAUGCCACUUCAUUGAACAACGGGACCUAUAAGUGCAAUGCCACAAGAGAUAAAACAGGGUUUCAAUCAGAGCAUAGUGAUGAACAGAUCUUACGUAUAUCUGAAAUUCCUGUUCCAUUGGUGAAGAAAGGCAGCCCGUGGUUGGAUGUGUUCCCCAAUGAGAGUGUAAGUUUGACCUGUGGGAUGUCGGAGAUCAGAAGUGAAUGGACAUAUAUAUGGUACCGUGAUGGUCAGGUGAUCCAGUCUGAUGAUGCUGUGACUUCGGACCCGGAUGGAACUCUGUCCAUCAGGUCUGCUUCAGCCUCACACCGUGGACAGUACAGCUGCUCAGGAGAUUUCAAGAGCAGAAAUGUCACAAGCAACCCCGGUCGUACAGUAACACUUCGUGUUUACGAUACAAAACCCAGUAUCAAACUGAUGCAGAGACCCCACUCCAAGGUGAUGCACACUGGAGAUGAAGUCUUCUUUAGCUGUCACGUCAAUGUCUCUUCUGGAUGGGAGUACCUGUUUUACAAAGAUGGGAAUCCACUUGUUGCAUCUGGAAACAAUUAUUCCAUCAGGUCUGUUUUGACAACAGACACUGGAUCAUAUGAAUGCAAAGCUAAAAGAGGAAAGGAGAAAGUCUUUGAAAUAGAUGAGACUCAGGCUUCAAGGCUUGACAUUGAAGAACGCCCGAGCACAGCUAUAGUCCUGUUAACUGGCUGGUCGGAGGUCUUUUCUACUGACAGCCUGAUACUCAAAUGUGAGGUGAAGGAAGGCCAGUACGCAUGGAACUACACAUGGUCCAAAGAGGGGGAACCAAUCAAUCAAACGUUUUCCGAGAAAUAUACCGUCACACCCCACAAUAACCCUGAGCAGAGCCUGUACACGUGCCGGGGUGUCCGCACCGCAAGACCGUUUUACUCAAAAGACAGUCAGUCUUUCGCAACCAAGAACCUUCUUUUGAAGAGGAGGGUGCUUCUUUCCAUCUCUGGCUGUCUCUUCUUUGGCAUCAUUGCCGUCUUCAUUGGAUGUAUUGCCCUCAGAGUCUUCCACAAACCAGUGGAUGAGUACGAGAAGCCAGAGGAGGCCGAGCUGUUUCUCACCAUGGCUCAACUGAAGGACCGUGGCGAUGCACCCAGUCCAAUGGUUGAUUACGUCACUGAUGAAGCACUGAAUGCUCCAUCUAAAGAAGGUGAAGAGAAUGGCAAGAUUUGCAGUGAAUCAACACCACUACCAAUAACCUCGCCGGAGGACGAAGCUGCGACGGCUGAGAACCCUGAUACAGCAGAAAACGGUGGUGGGCUGGUUUCCUUUAAACAAUAAGUCACUGAAGAUGUAUUUGCUUCAUUUUAGCAGGCAACUAUUAAGAAGGCUUUAGACUUGCAACAGCCCUGCGAGGCCUUAAUAGUCAUUUCGCAUCAGAAAACUGAAUUUUUGUAUGUAUGAAAACUGGAGAAACAAUUGCGCAAUGCUUACAACUAGUGGGACAGAAAAUAUAAAUCUGUUGCCAUGUUUGCAUUAGUGUUAAAGUAAAGCUGAUGCUGAUUAGAAUUCAGUCAUGAGUUUUAAAUGUCAAUAGUUUUAGAUGUAUCAUGUCAUGACUUGUGUGGACAGAUGGAAAUUUUGCACCAUUGGUGGGGCUAUAUGUAAAAUCAAAUAAUCACUAAAUUUACUGUAAUUAACAAUGACAAAUUUCUUUGGAAUCUAUCAAAUAGUUGUUGAAAUAUUAUUCUCCAGACCAAAAUGCUGGACCAUACAACUAUGUACUGUUAUUCUGUAUAAAACAUUACUUGGUUGCACAAUAUUGUUUGAAAUUGUACAUUUUUUAAUCCACAGCACUGAUGAAUUUACUUAAGGCACUGAUAAAAUAUGAAACAUUAUUUAUGUUAGCACAAUCUAUCAUAUACAAUGUCAGCUUUCAUAUAAAUCAAUGUUAGUUAUUAUACUGUACAUAUGUGAUAAUCUGUAUGACUUUCUCCUUCAGUUAGUGUUUCAAUUCUUAGAACAAACACCAGAUGUCAGUAGAUAUAAGAUGUCAGGCUUCUCCAAAACCUGAAACGCUGUAAAUGGUUCUGCAAUGAAUGUUAUUACUUUGUUAUUCUAAAGUGACCAGUUCGAUAUAGUAUAUUUUUUUACAAUAAGUAAUGCUAUAGAAAUGCCAUUCGCGCAUUUGUGUCUGCCUAUGAAAUUAUCAAAAUAAAAAAUACAAAAUGUU